AUGAAUUCUGUGAAGGAAGUUGAUAAAGGUAACAAUCGACCAUUUAUAACAUCAUCGCCUUCUAACGGACUGGAAUCAAUAAGUGAAGAUUAUAUAACAACAAAUUCUCAAGAUCCAUUAUAUGAAUAUAUAAACAUAAUGAAUCAAAAUCAAAAUAUAGACAAUUCACCUUAUCCACCAACCGAAGGUUACCAACCUUAUCCAGUUCAACAACCAUUUGGAUAUGUACCUUAUCCGACUCAACAACCGGUUGACUUUAUGCCUUAUCCAACUCAACAACCGGCUGGAUAUAUACCGUGUCCAACUCAAUCCGGUGUUGGCUGUAGUCAAAAUGAAAUACCAAUUCAACCACCUCCUGUAUUGCCACGUCCUGACUUUGCCAAAGAUGGUGAACAAGGCGAAGGAGGUCAAUGGGGAAAUUUUACUGGUCUUGAAAGCAAAGAAAUUCGUCGUGUAUUUAUUCGAAAGGUUUAUUCAAUUCUUAUGAUUCAAUUAGCGAUGACAUUUGGUCUUAUUGCAUUAUUUCUAUUUACACCAUCGAUUUAUCAAUACGUACGAAGUCCGAGUGGUCAAUGGCUUUAUUUCACAUCAUAUGUUGUUUUUAUGGUUACUUAUUUUGUGUUGGUCUGUUGCAAAAGUGCUGGACGAAAAUUUCCACUUAAUCUUAUUUUACUUGGCAUUUUGACAUUAUCAAUGGGUUAUAUGAUGGGUAUGAUUUCAGCACAUUAUGAAGUUGAAUCAGUAUUAAUUGCUGUUGGUAUAACAAUAGUUGUUUGUUUGGGUGUUACAUUAUUUUCAUUUCAAACAAAAUAUGAUUUUACAUCAUGUUUUGGUAUUUUAUUCAUAAUGUCAUUGGCACUUUUUGCUUUUGGAAUUGUUUGUAUUUUUACUUAUUCAAGAGUAAGUAUUAUAACAAAAUGA